AUGGAUAUUCAUAAUGAUCUUUCAAUGCCACAUAAAGGUAAGUUAUUAACAUGUUCUUGUUUUGGGCAUUCAGGAGUUAAUCAACUUGGAGGUUUAUUUGUCAAUGGUCGACCAUUACCUGAUAGUACACGAACACGUAUUGUUGAACUUGCUCAUAAUGGCAUGCGUCCAUGUGAUAUAAGUCGUUGUUUACAAGUAUCAAAUGGUUGUGUUUCAAAAAUCUUAGCACGUUAUUAUGAAACUGGUUCAAUAAAACCACGUGCUAUUGGAGGUUCGAAACCGCGUGUAGCUACAUCUGAUGUUGUAAUGAGAAUUGCUCAAUAUAAACGUGAAACACCAUCAAUAUUUGCAUGGGAAAUUCGUGAUCGUCUUCUAGCAGAUAAUAUUUGUAAUCCGGAAAAUAUACCAAGUGUAUCGUCAAUAAAUCGAGUACUUCGAAAUCUUGGUUCAAAAUCAUUAGAAUCAAUGACUAAUCAUGAAACAUAUUAUUCAGUUGAUAAUAAAUUACGUGUAUUACAUAGUACACCAUGGUCAUCAUCACCAUCAUCAUUUUAUGUUCAUCAACCAUCAUCAAGUAUUUAUUCGAAUAGUGGUGAUUCAAAUUCAGAAUAUAAACAUCAAACAACGGAUGUUAAUCAUGGUGCCCAUCAUGAUUUAGGAGAUGUAUCUGAUGGAAGUGAUGAUAGCAAAAUAGGUAUAAGAGAUGGUUUAAAUGAAAAUGAUGAAGCUGUACAAGAACGUUUAAAAUUAAAACGAAAAUUACAACGUAAUAGAACAUCAUUUACACAAGAACAAAUUGAUGCAUUAGAACAAGCUUUUAAUAGUACACAUUAUCCAGAUGUCUAUGCACGUGAAAAACUUGCACAAAAAAUUAGUUUACCUGAAGCUCGAAUACAAGUAUGGUUUUCUAAUCGUCGUGCAAAAUAUCGUCGUGAAGAUAAAGUUAAAGGUCGACGACAACAUCAACAACAAUUAAUAAAUGAUAUGGGAGAAAAUAUGCGACCAUCAGGUACAACACCACCACUUCCACCACCAUCAUCGGUUUAUCCUCAAGUAUUUCCAUCAAAUAAUCCUUCAAUAACAAAUGAUUCACAUCAUCAUCAUCAUCAUCAUCAAUAUGGAGCAUUUAGUUCAGGUUUUAGUGCUGCUGUUGCAUGUAGUUCAAGCGGUUAUCCAACAUUUUUUCCCACUUCAACACGUGGUUAUGAUGGACUUAGUCCAUUUAGCACACCUUAUAAUCGUUCUUGUUCAACUUAUCCAACAGGCAUUCAAACUAAUCUAUCUGCAGAUCAUAUGAAAAAUAUGUCGUCAAUGUCAACGUAUGGUGGUGCUCCACAUAUUUGGUAUCCACCGAUAUUACCGUAA